AUGCUCAUCAACAAAAAGUUGACCGAGCGGCCUGAGGAAUCGGAAGUUCCGGAGCCAGCUCUUCCGGACAACCGAGUCGUUAUAUCAUCGAUUGAUUUACAUUACUGCUUAUAUGUCAAUAGCGACAUUAUCUAUUAUCGAAGGCCGCGCUAUGAUGAUGAAGAGGCAACCAUUAAUCAGGGUGAUUACCAACGGUUGAUGUCAUUCGGUCACAUCGAGCCCCUGGAGGUGGACCUGGAUAGAACCGACUUCGAGUCUUUCAAAUCACAACUGCUCCUUCAGCUGGCCAACACUCGGGCCGAUUAUCAGCUUGGCAUGCUCAUCGAGCAUUUCGAGAGUACAAGGGACAUCUUAUGGAAGGCUCAGGUUUACAGUUACGAAGAACGUCGGAUCGUGGCAAAUUAUGAUCUCCACGAACGCUUUCGCUCAUGGAAAUACGACGUUCUCACCUCUCCAUUAGGGGGGUUCACGAUAGCUUUUCACCAGAAAAGUUUUAUCGUCCCACCAGUGUCCCACGCACGCCAGCAAGCCUCCGACCCGAAGAAACCUGUUCCACGCACGCCAGCAAGCCUCCGACCCGAAGAAACCUGUUCCACGCACGCCAGCAAGCCUCCGACCCGAAGAAACCUGUUCCACGCACGCCAGCAACCCUCCAACCCGAAGAAAGCCUCUCAAUCAACUUACCGGAUUUUUAAACCAGCAUCUCACCAAAUCAUCCGAUCCCACACCAUGCACAAAAACAGUGAGCGUCAACAGAUACUCCGAGAUAUCUUCAUGAUACUGGCAUUUCUCCACCAGCAGGAGACAGACGACCUCAUCGACUCAACCUUAGGAAUCCCCACGGUGCCAUCACUUGGGAAAAUAUUGGCCCCUACCAAUCCAGGCCGCGCUUUCGUGCUGGACUUUUUAUUUGACGAUCAGGCUAUGAUAUCCGAUGUCUUUGAUUUGGUUCUCCGUAAUCGAUACUUGAAUGACCGAUCGCCGGGGAGAACACGUGAAGAAUUUGACUUGGCCCAGCUUUUCUGUCGGUGA